AUGGGCCGUCGGUGCGCGCUGGCUCUCACGGUGGUGUCGGCGCUGCUGUGUCAGGUGGGUGUUGGGGGAGCCCGAAGCCCGACGGGUCGGGCAGGGAACCUGGGCGCGGGACAGGGGCGCGCGGUGGAGGGCGGAGCGCUGGACCGGCCUGGCAAACUGCGACCCGGAAAGCGAACCCCAAGGGCGCCGGCACCGCCGCUGCUGGGCGUGGACUCCUUCAGCCUGCCCGACGGCGCUGGCGCCGACCCCGCCUUUAGCAACCCCAUCCGCUUCCCCUUUGGCUUCACCUGGCCGGGAACCUUCUCUCUGAUUAUUGAAGCGCUCCACACUGACUCUCCCGAUGACCUGGCCACAGAAAACCCGGAGCGUCUCAUCAGCCGCCUGGCCACCCAGCGGCACCUGACGGUGGGUGAGGAGUGGUCCCAGGACCUGCACAGCAGCGGCCGCACGGACCUCAAGUACUCCUACCGCUUUGUAUGCGACGAGCACUACUAUGGGGAGGGCUGCUCCGUCUUCUGCCGCCCCCGUGAUGACGCCUUUGGUCACUUCACCUGCGGGGAGCGUGGGGAGAAAGUCUGCAACCCUGGCUGGAAAGGCCCCUACUGCACUGAGCCAAUCUGCUUGCCGGGAUGCGAUGAGCAGCGUGGAUUCUGUGACAAGCCGGGGGAGUGCAAGUGCAGAGUGGGCUGGCAGGGCCGGUACUGUGACGAGUGCAUUCGCUACCCAGGUUGUCUGCAUGGCACUUGCCAGCAGCCCUGGCAGUGCAACUGCCAGGAAGGCUGGGGCGGCCUCUUCUGCAACCAAGACCUGAACUACUGCACACACCACAAGCCCUGUAAGAACGGGGCCACCUGCACCAACACAGGCCAGGGGAGCUACACCUGUUCCUGUCGGCCUGGGUACACAGGGGCCACCUGUGAGCUGGAGAUUGACGAGUGUGACGCCAGCCCCUGCAGGAAUGGAGGCAGCUGCACGGAUCUUGAGAACAGCUACUCGUGCACCUGCCCACCUGGCUUCUAUGGCAAAAUCUGUGAGCUGAGUGCCAUGACCUGUGCAGACGGCCCUUGCUUUAAUGGGGGCCGGUGCUCAGACAGCCCGGACGGGGGCUACAGCUGCCGUUGCCCUGCAGGCUACUCUGGCUUCAACUGUGAGAAGAAGAUUGAUCACUGCAGCUCUUCACCCUGCGCUAAUGGUGCCAAGUGUAUGGACCUGGGUGAUGCCUACCUGUGCCGCUGCCUAGCUGGCUUCUCUGGGCGGCACUGUGAUGCCAAUGUGGAUGAAUGUGCCUCCUCUCCAUGCGCGAACGGGGGCACCUGCCGGGAUGGUGUGAACGACUUCUCCUGCACCUGUCCCCCCGGCUACACAGGCAGGAACUGCAGCGCCCCCGUCAGCCGGUGUGAGCACGGACCCUGCCACAAUGGGGCCACCUGCCACGAGAGGGGCCACCGCUAUGUGUGCGAGUGUGCCCGGGGCUACGGGGGCCCCAACUGCCAGUUCCUGCUCCCUGAGCCACCCCCAGGCCCCGUAGUGGUGGACCUCACUGAGAAGCUGGAGGGCCAGGGCGGGCCGUUCCCCUGGGUGGCCGUGUGUGCCGGGGUCAUCCUCGUCCUCAUGCUGCUGCUGGGCUGUGCUGCCGUGGUGGUCUGUGUCCGGCUCCGGCUGCAGAAGCGCCAGCCCCCAGCUGACCCUUGCCGCGGGGAGACGGAGACCAUGAACAACCUGGCCAAUUGCCAGCGUGAGAAGGACAUCUCGGUCAGUGUCAUUGGGGCCACGCAGAUCAAGAACACCAACAAGAAGGCGGACUUCCAUGGGGACCACGGGGCCGACAAGAAUGGCUUCAAGGCCCGCUACCCUGCGGUGGACUAUAACCUUGUGCAGGACCUCAAGGGUGACGAAGCCACCGGCAGGGAUGCACACAGCAAGCGUGACACCAAGUGCCAGUCCCAGGGCUCCUCAGUGGAGGAAAAGGGGACUCCAACCACACUCAGGGGUGGUGAAGCAUCUGAAAGGAAAAGGCCAGACUCGGUCUAUUCCAGUUCAAAAGACACCAAGUACCAGUCGGUGUAUGUCAUAUCUGAGGAGAAGGAUGAGUGCGUCAUAGCAACCGAGGUGUAACAUGGAAGCGAUAUGACAAAAUUCCCAUUUCUCUUAAAAUAAAUAAAAUUCCAAGGAUAUAUGCCCCAACGAAUGCUGCUGAAGAGGAAAGGGAGGCCCCAGACUGCUGCUGAGAAACUGAGUCCAGACUGAGCUGGUUCUCUUCCCGAAGUGAGGACGCGCCUGCGACGGGCCGCGCGGGCUGGGCGCCUGCUGCACUGCCUUCACGACGCCCUUGCACUAUGGACAGUCGCUCUGAAGAGAUAUAUAUUUAAAUGAACGGACCUAUUUACUCCAUAAGAAGCAUGCACUGCCUGAAGUGUAUAUUGUGGAUUCUUAUGAGCCAGUCUUUUCUUGAAUUAGAAACACAAACACUGCCUUUAUUGUCCUUUUUGAUACUAAAAUGUGCUUUUUCUAGACGGAAAAAAAUGUGUGUUAUUUUUUGGAUUUGUAAAAAUAUUUUUCAUGAUAUCUGUAAAGCUUGGGUAUUUUGUGAUGUUCAUUUUUUUUAUAAUUUAAAUUUUGGUAAAUAUGUACAAAGGCACUUCGGGUCUAUGUGACUAUAUUUUUUGUAUAUAAAUGUAUUUAUGGAAUAUUGUGCAAAUGUUAUUUGAGUUUUUUUACUGUUUUGUUAAUGAAGAAAUUCCUUUUUAAAAUAUUUUUCCAAAAUAAAUUUUAUGAAUAACAACCAGAA